CAUGUGCAGAAGUAACCGAUCCGGGGACAGCGGCAUUCAGCUUCAGCACACAGACACAUCGCAGCGCUCUGCCCGUCCAUUCAUCUCCUGUACGAUGCCGGUGACCGAGAAGGAUUUGGCGGAGGACGCUCCGUGGAAGAAGAUCCAGCAGAACACCUUCACCCGCUGGUGUAACGAGCACCUGAAAUGUGUCAACAAAAGAAUAGGAAACCUGCAGACCGACCUGAGCGAUGGGCUCCGACUGAUCGCCCUGCUGGAGGUGCUGAGCCAGAAGAGGAUGUACAGAAAGUACCACCAGAGACCUACCUUCAGCCAGAUGCAGCUGGAGAAUGUCUCUGUGGCCCUGGAGUUCCUGGAGAAGGAGAACAUCAGGCUGGUGUCCAUAGACAGUAAAGCUAUCGUGGAUGGAAACCUGAAACUGAUCCUAGGUCUUAUCUGGACCCUCAUUUUGCACUAUUCUAUCUCUAUGCCAGUUUGGGAGAAUGAAGGUGAUGAAGAGACAAAAAAUCAGACCCCAAAACAGAGGCUUCUUGGCUGGAUUCAGAAUAAGAUCCCUGAUUUGCCAAUUACCAAUUUCAGCCAUAACUGGCAGGAUGGAAAAGCUCUGGGAGCCCUGGUUGACAGCUGCGCACCAGGUCUGUGUCCUGACUGGGAGUCAUGGGACCCUAGCAAGCCAGUUGAUAAUGCUCGGGAGGCUAUGCAGCAAGCAGAUGAUUGGUUGGGAGUUCCUCAGGUGAUCGCCCCAGAAGAGAUCAUUCACCCCGGUGUAGAUGAACACUCGGUGAUGACCUACUUGUCACAAUUCCCGAAAGCUAAACUGAAACCUGGAGCUCCUCUAAAGCCCAAACUGAAUCCAAAAAAAGCCAGAGCAUAUGGCAGAGGUGUGGAGCCAACUGGAAACAUGGUGAAAAGACCGGCACCAUUUACUGUGGAAACCAUCAGCGCUGGACAAGGGGAGGUCCUGGUCUUUGUGGAGGACCCUGAAGGAUUAAGAGAAGAGGCCAAGGUCACAGCCAACAAUGACAAGAACAAGACCUUCUCGGUGGAGUAUGUACCCAAAGUGACUGGUAUGCACAAGGUUACUGUGCUUUUUGCCGGUCAGCACAUUUCAAAGAGCCCAUUUGAAGUGGAUGUUGAGAAGGCUCAGGGAGACGCCAGUAAAGUCACAGCUAAAGGACCUGGAUUGGAGGCAACUGGUAACAUUGCCAAUAAACCCACCUACUUCGACAUUUAUACUGCAGGUGCUGGUGUCGGAGAUAUCGGAAUAGAAAUCGCUGAUCCCCAGGGAAAAAACAAUACCGUGGAAAUUGCACUUGAAGAUAAAGGAAAUUGUGUAUAUCGAUGCACCUACAAGCCGCUAAAGCCUGGAACUCAUAAUAUCGGCAUCGCAUUUGGCGGGGAAGUCAUACCCAAAAGUCCUUAUGUGGUCAACGUUGGAGAACCCUGCAACCCAAAUGCUUGUCGAGCCAGCGGACGUGGCUUGCAGCCCAAAGGCGUCCGGAUUAGAGAAACCGCUGAUUUUAAGGUCGACACCAGGACUGCAGGAAGUGGUGACCUCCAUGUCUCGGUGAAGGGGCCAAAGGGUCUAGACGAGCCUGUGAAGCAAUUGGAGUCGGUAGAUGGCGUGCAUUUGUUUGAGUAUUACCCCCUGAACCCUGGAAAAUAUGUGGCCACCAUCACUUGGGGCGGUCAUCACAUCCCUAAAAGCCCAUUUGAAGUUCAGGUGGGGCCCGAAGCAGGACCUCAGAAAGUACGAGCAUGGGGCCCUGGUCUCACUGGUGGUGUCGUUGGAAAAUCCGCAGACUUUGUAGUGGAGUCCAUCGGCCCAGAUGUGGGUUCAUUAGGUUUUGCCAUUGAAGGUCCAUCUCAGGCCAAGAUUGAAUGUGAUGACCAAAGCGACGGCUCUUGUGAUGUGAAAUAUUGGCCCAAGGAGCCGGGUGAAUAUGCUGUCCAUGUCAUGUGCGACGAUGAGGACAUCAAAAACAGUCCAUACAUGGCGUACAUCCAGCCAACAUCAGGAGACUUUAACCCUGAUAAGGUCAAAGCAUAUGGUCCAGGGCUGGAGAAGAGUGGGUGCAUUGUGAACAACCCAGCAGAAUUCUUCAUAGACCCAAAAGAGGCUGGGACAGCACCUUUGAGCAUCUAUGCACAAGAUAUUGAAGGCAAUCCUGUGGACAUCUACUCCAAGCCAAACCCUGAUGGUACCUUUGCCUGCUCAUACAAUCCAACAAAGCCAAUCAAGCACACAGUUGUGAUCACAUGGGGUGGUGUCAGUGUACCCAAAAGCCCUUUCAGGGUGAACAUUGGGCAGGGCAGCCACCCAAAAAAAGUGAGGGUUUUCGGGCCUGGCAUGGAGAAAACAGGUUUAAAGGCAAAUGAGCCUACACACUUCACAGUGGACUGUACUGAAGCUGGAGAAGGUGAUGUUAGCGUUGGAAUCAAAUGUGAUGCCCGUGUGAUAAGCGAUGAGGAAGAGGACAUUGAUUUUGACAUUAUCCCCAAUGCCAAUGAUACGUUUACUGUGAAAUAUACUCCUCCAGCUGCUGGGCGAUAUACUAUCAAAGCUCUCUUUGCUGGAGAGGAAAUUCCAAGCAGCCCUUUCAGAAUCAAAGUUGAACCUUCACAUGAUGCCAGCAAAGUGAAAGCUGAAGGCCCAGGACUUAAUAAAUCUGGUGUCGAGAAUGGGAAGCCAACGCAUUUUACAGUCUUUACCAAAGGGGCAGGAAAAGCCCCAGUUGAUGUGAACUUCAGUGGACCCACUCAGGGAGAUGCUGUAAAGGACUUUGAAAUCAUUGAUAAUUAUGAUUAUUCGCACACUGUCCGCUAUACUCCGAUUCAACAGGGUAAAAUGAAGGUAGAUGUGAACUAUGGAGGUGACCCUAUUCCAAAAAGCCCCUUUACAGUUGGUGUGGCGGCUCCUUUGGACCUCAGCAAGAUCAAAAUCAAUGGACUAGAUAGUCGAGUGGAAGUUGGUAAAGACCAAGAGUUCACUGUGGACACCAAGGGGGCUGGUGGACAAGGCAAACUGGAAGUGAAACUUACCAGCCCAAGCAGAAAAGUCAUUCCUAGUGUGAUAGAUCCUGUACCAGGGAAGGAAGCUAGCACAGUGAAAUAUAUCCCAAAAGAGGAAGGGGUAUAUAACGUAGAUGUAAACUAUGAUGGCCACCCAGUGCCAGGAAGUCCUUAUACUGUGGAAGCCACUCUACCUCCUGACCCAACAAAGGUUAAAGCAUAUGGGCCAGGCCUUAAAGGAGGACUGGUUGGCAAGCCUGCUGAAUUUUCAAUUGACACUAAAGGAGCAGGCACUGGAGGUUUGGGCUUGACUGUUGAAGGUCCAUGCGAAGCCAAAAUUGAAUGUUCUGACAACGGUGAUGGCACAUGCUCAGUUUCCUAUCUGCCAACCACACCUGGGGAAUACUUUGUGAACAUUCUUUUUGAAGAAACUCAUAUUCCAGGUUCCCCAUUCCAAGCUGAAAUUGAAAUGCCUUUUGAUUCUUCCAAAGUGGUUGCCACUGGUCCUGGUUUGGAGCAUGGCAAAGUAGGAGAGGCUGGACUUAUUCAUGUAGACUGUUCCGAAGCAGGCCCUGGAGUUCUCACCACAGAGGCAGUGUCUGAUUCUGGAUCCAAAGCUGAGGUCUACAUUCAGGACAAUGGUGAUGGAACCCAUUCUGUCACCUAUGCUCCUCUGUUUGCUGGCAUGUACACAUUGUCUAUGAAGUAUGGAGGAGAGAAAGUGCCAAAGUUCCCUGCUCGUGUUAAGAUUGACCCUGCUGUGGAUACUAGUAAAGUCAAGGUUUUUGGACCUGGUGUGGAAGGCGAAGGAGUAUUUAGGGAAGCCACAACUAAUUUUACAGUGGAUGCCCGACCUCUGACACGUACCGGAGGAAAUCACGUUAAAACCAAAAUCACCAAUCCAUCUGGAGGAGCAACAGAUUGCCUGGUUAAAGAUAACGGUGAUGGGACUUACGAGGUGGAGUACACACCUUUUGAAAAAGGUGCCCACUCUGUGAAGGUGACGUAUGAUGAUGAACCGGUUCCCAAAAGCCCAUUUAAGGUCGGAGUGACAGAAGGCUGCUACCCCUCUCGUGUAAAGGCACAGGGGCCUGGGCUGCAGGAGGCACUUACAAAUAAGCCAAAUGCCUUUUCUGUGAUCACAAGAGGGGCAGGGAUUGGCGGUCUGGGAAUUACAGUUGAGGGUCCAUCCGAAUCCAAAAUGUCUUGUAAGGACAACAAAGAUGGCAGCUGCAGUGUUGAGUAUAUGCCGUACGCCACAGGAGAUUAUGAUGUCAACAUAACGUAUGACGGGGAGCAUAUUCCAGGAAGUCCAUUCAAAGUCCCUGUAAAAGAUAUUGUUGAUUCCAGCAAGGUAAAAGUUGCUGGCCCUGGACUGGGAAACGCUGUUCGGGCCAAAAUUCCUCAGCAAUUUGCGGUGGACACCAGCAAAGCCGGAGUGGCUCCUCUUAAUGUAGAAGUGACCGGACCAAGAGCUGAUGAGACAGACUCUUUGAAACGGAGCCCAAUGAGAGCCAUUUCAAAUUUCUUUAAAGGUGACUUCAAGCGAGAUGCAAAAGAGCCAGGAGUUGCAGAACCAGUUGACAUUACAGAUAAUGGAGAUGGGACACACACUGUGGCGUACACACCGAGUGUUGAAGGUCCUUACACAGUGUCUGUACAGUAUGCUGACGAGGAGAUUCCUCGGAGCCCUUUCAAGGUGAAGGUUCUUCCAACGUACGAUCCCAGCAAGGUGACUGUAAGUGGUCCUGGGCUCAGCUCUCAAGGGGUCCCGGCCAGUCUUCCUGCUGAUUUUGCCGUUAAUGCCAAGGAUGCAGGACUAGGAGAUCUUUCUGUCCUUGUAACAGACCAAGAAGGCAAGCCAAAGAAGGCCCAGGUUUUGGACAACAAGGAUGGAACGUACGCUGUAUCUUACGUUCCAGAUAAAACUGGACGCUAUCAGGUUGCUGUCAAGUAUGGAGGCGAUGAUAUCCCUUACUCCCCAUACAGAAUCAGGGCAAUGCCUUCAGGAGAUGCCAGCAAGUGUACAGCAGCAGGGCCUGGAAUCCAGCCUGCUGUGAAGACUGGCGAGGAGGUCGGCUUUGUGGUUGAUGCCACAACCGCAGGGAAAGGGAAAGUCACUUGUAGCAUUUUGGAUCCCGAUGGACUGGAGUCUGAAGCAGAUGUCAUUGAGAAUGAAGAUGGCACUUAUGACAUUUUCUACACUACUGCCAAGACUGGCCCCUAUGUCAUCCAUGUCCGCUUUGGUGGAGUGGACAUUCCCAAUAGUCCUUUCACUGUCAUGGCUACAGAUGAAGUCCCAGUAGUGUGUCAGCAGCAGUCUCAGCAACAGUCUCUUAGUGCCUUGCCUCCAGGCUAUGACCCUGUGGUGUCGGAAACUGCAUAUGCUCCUGUUGGUUCUAUGAAUGGGAUGGGAUUCAGGCCCUUUGAUUUAGUUAUCCCCUUUGCCAUAAGGACAGGAGACAUAACAGGUGAAGUUGUUAUGCCAUCAGGGAAGACUGCCCCUGCAGAAAUCGGUGACAACAAAGAUGGUACUGUAUCAGUACGAUAUGUUCCCACAGAAACCGGACUGCACGAGUUACAUAUCAAAUGUGAUGGAACACAUAUUCCAGAGAGCCCAUUGCAGUUUUAUGUUAAUUAUCCCAAUACUGGAAGCGUUUCAGCAUUUGGACCGGGUCUUAUUUAUGGUGUUGCCAACAAACCAGCCACAUUCACCAUUGUGACAGAAGAUGCAGGAGAAGGAGGUCUUGAUCUGGCUAUUGAAGGCCCUUCGAAAGCAGAGAUCAGCUGUAUUGACAAUAAGGAUGGCACUUGCACUGUCACCUAUCUGCCAACACUACCUGGAGAUUACAGCAUCCUAGUGAAAUACAAUGAUACACAUAUUGCUGGGAGUCCUUUCAUUGCCAAAGUUACUGAUGACAACAGGAGACGUUCUCAAGUCAAACUGGGCUCCACGGCUGAUUUCUUGUUGGAUAUCAAUGAGACUGAUCUAAGCCUGCUGACAGCAAGUAUUAAAGCCCCAUCUGGUCACGAUGAGCCAUGUAUCCUAAAAAGACUUCCGAAUAACCACAUUGGCAUCUCUUUCAUUCCACGAGAGGUUGGUGAACACAUGGUCAGCAUAAAGAAAAAUGGACGCCAUGUGCCCAACAGUCCUAUCUCAAUCAUGGUCUAUCAGUCUGAAAUAGGAGAUGCUAGCAAGGUGAAAGUAUUUGGACCGGGAUUAACUGAGGGCCGUACAUUCGAGUUGUCCGAUUUUGUGGUAGACACCAGAGAGGCCGGCUAUGGUGGGCUUUCACUUGCAGUUGAAGGACCCAGUAAAGUUGACAUUCAAACUGAAGAUUUAGAUGAUGGCACCUGCCAAGUUUCUUACUGCCCAACAGAGCCAGGUGUUUAUAUCGUAUCUAUUAAGUUUUCAGAUGAUCAUGUGCCAGGAAGUCCAUUUACUGCCAAAGUCACUGGAGAAGGAAGAGUGAAAGAGAGUAUUACAAGACGGAAGAAGGCACCUUCUGUGGCCACUGUAGGAGGCAUCUGUGAACUCAAUUUAAAAAUACCAGAAAUUGACAGAAGAGAAAUAACAGCUGAAGUCACCAGCCCGUCAGGACAGACAACUGAAGCUGAAAUAGUAGACCUGGGCCAGAAUACCUCCUGCGUGCGCUUUGUUCCCCAAGAGAUGGGUGUGCACACAGUCAGCGUAAAGUACAGAGGCGAACAUGUGCCAGGCAGCCCGUUCCAGUUCACUGUAGGGCCCCUGGGAGAAGGAGGAGUUGAGAAGGUGAAAGCUGGCGGUCCUGGCCUGGAGAGAGGGGAAGCUGGUGUUCCAGCUGAAUUCAGUAUAUGGACGCGAGAAGCAGGAGCUGGUGGAUUGUCUAUUGCAGUGGAAGGACCCAGCAAGGCAGAGAUUUCAUUUGAAGAUCGUAAAGAUGGAUCUUCUGGCGUGUCCUAUGUUGUACAAGAACCUGGUGACUAUGAAGUGGUCAUUAAGUUUAAUGAUGAACACAUCCCUCAGAGUCCGUUCCUGGUUCCCAUCAUCGCUCCAUCUGAUGACGCUCGAAGGCUCACUGUCUCUAGUCUUCAGGAGUCUGGGCUCAAAGUCAACCAACCAGUAUCAUUUGCUAUCAGACUGAAUGGGGCUAAGGGCAGAAUCGAUGCCAAGGUGCACAGCCCCUCCGGAGCAGUAGAAGACUGCCAUGUGUCGGAGCUGGAGACAGACAAAUAUGCUGUACGUUUUAUUCCACGAGAGAAUGGUAUACACACAAUUGAUGUGAAGUUCAAUGGUAGCCACGUGCCUGGAAGCCCCUUCAAAGUGCGAGUAGGAGAACCAGGACAGGAGGGUGACCCUGCACUUGUAACCGCAUAUGGAGACGGCCUGGACAGAGGAGUUACAGGUAAACAGUCAGAAUUCAUCAUCAAUACAAGUAAGGCAGGGCCUGGGGCUCUCUCUGUCACCAUCGAAGGACCAUCAAAAGUGACCAUGGAAUGCAAGGAGUGUCCAGAAGGCUACAAAGUCCUCUAUACUCCAAUGGCUCCAGGAAACUACAUGAUUGGAAUCAAAUAUGGAGGUCCAAACCACAUAAUGGGCAGUCCAUACAAAGCAAAAGUAACAGGUCAGAGGCUUGUUAGUGCGGGCAGCAUCAGUGAGACUUCCUCCAUAAUUGUCCAGUCUGUGACACGCGCCUCCACAGAGACCGUCUAUAGCGCACUGCCUAGAUUUACAUCUGACGCCAGCAAAGUCACAUCAAAAGGAGCUGGUCUGGCAAAGGCUUAUCUAGGACAGAAAAGCAGCUUCACCGUGGACUGCAGUAAAGCAGGUUCCAAUAUAUUAUUAGUCGGUGUACACGGGCCCACAAUCCCUUGUGAAGAAGUAUCCGUAAAACAUCUGGGCAACAAGCAGUAUAAUGUCACCUAUCACGUGAAGGAGAAGGGAGACUACACCUUGGUGGUCAAAUGGGGCGAGGAGCACAUCCCAGGAAGUCCCUUCAACGUCACUGUUCCUUAAUCUCCCAAAACUUGAUUCCAAGGAGAACAGUAUCAAAGACCUGUAAUAUCUGAUUACACAGAUCUGACAUCUACAGAUUUCUGGAAAAUGGGGUGGGGGGGAAGAAAAAAAAAAGAAACUUGCAUUGUAAUUUUAUGACUUUUUUUUUUUUUAUACUAGGGAGAUGAAAAUUUGUAUGUUUGUUUUAGGUGUCCAUGUGAUAAUUUAAAUAGCAAAUCUCUACUUUUGGAAGGGCUUAUUUAUACUUCUCCACGUCUUUUAACCCUUUUGUCUGCCAAGUAGAAUAACUAACUGGUUUUGUGGUAAAUAUGAAUAUUGGAAGGGGACCAAAUUAAAGUGAAAUAAUCCGUAUGAUAUUUAACUGGAAUUUCCGCCCGUGAUUGGUUAUGUAAUGGAACUACUGAUUAUACAAAUUUGUAGUCCUCAAUCUACAGACCAGUGCAAUGUACAAACGGGGUGUAAAUCUGGUACUUUUAAUUGCAGUGAUGUUUGUAAAUUAGCAUGAAGUGCACAGGAAGCAGCUGUUGCGGCCAUUUUGAAAGCUGCAACAAUGUCUUUGAUACCAGUAAUAUGGUAAACAUUUCUUAGGAGUUUAGUAGAGCUACACAUGAUAAAAAAAAAAUACCUUUCGUCCAGAUGUCCAUACCAUAGAAUGGUACCCCAUAGAUGGCAUUGGCACUUUAAUUAAGAAGCUUAAAUCUCUGUAACACUACAUUGCUUUUCAGUAGUUUUAUAUGUUCAUCCAAAUCUCUUUAUUUUAAUUGUACAGUAUAGGGCACAGGCUGGAUAUGCAUAGACCCUGGGUUAUAGGCUGCUACAUUCAGGUGAUUGGACACUGGCAAAUCUUUUGGACAGGUCCCCCUUGGGCAUACCUAUACAACCCUACUCCUCUCCGUAAGGCCUCUGUUUAUUCGAGUGUCCUAAAGUGAUGAACCUCUUGAGGAAGUACACCUACCACUAGAGAAUUAGGGAAGCUGCCAUUGUUGAGCUCUUCUUAUGGGAAUGCUGGCUCCCUGGUUGUCAGCCUGAUGCCUUGGCUUCACUGCUUUCUGAGUCACUGAUCUGAAAGAAGUUUCGAGAUCAGACAUUCUGGCACUUAUUUACAGCUUGGCUAUUUUGGGUAUGGUUGAACAGAGGCAGGUGACCAAUAAUUUCAGAAGGAUUGCAAUGGCAACCCUAUACUUCUAUCAAGACAAGUGUACUUUAUGUUCUACUUUGUUUAUUUUACAGUUACCUUUAGAGCAAGAACAUCCAAUGCUGAAUAAGUAUUUGAAUAGAAGGGAGUGCACAUAGCAAUCCUGUUUUCCUGUUCAUCUAUAAACUUGUACUAUAUUUUAAGAAUGGCGUUGCUAUAGGUACCAGAUCUUCUCCUUUCAGAUACUUUACGAGCAAAAGGCAUAUGGUCUCAGCAAGAAUACAUUUUGGGCCUGUGAGGUGUCAAAGUAUCAUGUUGCCAGUAACAACCGUUUCUACAGAGAUGCUGAUUUUCCAACAAUGGGCCCAUCACAUUUUCUGGCCUCCAUUGAUAAGUUUCCAUUCUCAUUAUUCCAUCAUGUCUGCAAAUUAGUCAUAUGAAGCAAUUGAGCAGAACGUUUUAAAUGGGAACAGUAACUACAGUAUCUAAAACUGUGUUUGAGUGGCAAAGUACUGUAUUAAAGGAAACGUGUACAAUGAGAAGUACCAGUUGACAGCCUCUCUUUCCAUGAUGUGACCCACCCAUAACGAAUAUGCAGAUUGGAAAGUCUGAGUGGCUUAACUGUAUAAUCUUCCUCAGUGCCUCAGAAAAUGCUGAAACCAAUACCGGGUCAGCAUAGGAUACCAGGCACCUAGCAUUCUCAGAAGGUGAUGUUGACCUAAACACUCUGUAUCUGUUUUCCUGGCUUAUCUUGUAUAUGGUUUAUUUUGUAUUAAAAAUAAAAUUGUUAUAAAUGUCAGAACAUAAAAUAAACUUUCAGAUAAUACUGUGCAGACUGAUAGCUGGAACACUGCCUAUAAGGUCAAUAAUAACCAUGCUCUAUCUUGAUCUACCCUGACCUAUCUUGAGUAAUACUAAAUUAUCAGUGUUGGCAGCAUAGAACUAGGACAUUUAAAUGGAUUAUUUCAAGUAUUUUGUGUAAACGCCUGUCAUCCAACACCGUCCUUUACUGGUUUACAGGUUUAAAAAAAAGUGUAUACUUUGCUACUGAAUUAAAGAGUCCGUCCACCCAAAAGUGUUUUUUCGAGUUAUAGAUAAGUUUGGUAAGAAGUCAUCUUCAAGCAUCUUAAAUGUCUUGAGGAUUCAACUGGCACGAUCUUCCUGCCAUUGUCUAAGCCAAGGGUAGGCAACCUCGGCACUCAAGCUGUGCUGAGACUACAAAUCUCAUCGUGCCUCUGGGAAUCCUACCCAAUGGUAUGAUGCAGUGUCUCAUGGAAUUUGUGGUUUCACCACCACUGGAGGUUCCCUACCUCUAUUCUAGGCUUUCUUCCUGCCAUCUUGAAGUUGUGGAUGGUUCUGGUCCUCCUGCUAAUUUUUCUAUGGUUGAAAUAAACUAAAAAUCCAGCAUUGGGCUUCUUUUUUUGGCCAUGGCUGGUGUGUAGAGGGAGCUAAAGUACAUAUACAGUAUGUUGGCACCAAAGUUCCAAGAAAUAUAGGAACCUACUAGCAAAAGUAUGGGUGUCAUCAAAUAUGUUGGAAUUUUUAAGUCCUAAUGGGCAUGAAUAACAUCUGUAUUUCCAAUACUGUGAUGAUUAGUGAUAAGGAGUAUGUAAUGUACACCCCAUCAUUUACAGUGGACCAGUGUGGGGUAUGUAACGUACUGCACAAAGUACAGAAUGGGGCAGCCUGAAGUAUGUCAUAUGAAAAAAGUGAAGGAGUCACGCUAUGUAGUACACUGAUAAGUAUCAUACAAACAAUGAAAAUUUGUGAGAAAAAUACAAUGGUGCUCGAAACAGUCGAACGAAUGCAAAGAGAGAUGAGGACAAAUAAUGCAGGUAUGAAGUUCAUAGAAACACAGCAGGAGACACUGAAUCCCAAGUGUGGAAUAAUAUCAUCAAUGUGUGAUUGACAGACAGGAGACCUCCACCAACGAGUAACACAGACCCUUACCAGAGUCUCUGAUCUCUGAGAUCAAAACCAGCAUAUCUGCAUAGACAACCACUGUUGCAAUAGAGAUGUAGGCAAUCCACCAUCCAGUCAGUGUAUAAUGGAUAUAGACUCAAUCCCCCAUAGGAUCACCGGAUAGAUCAAUCCGGGACAUAGAAAAAAAUCAGGAACAGCCCAUAGUGUAAAACCGUUACAGGAUUUAUUAGGUAAAAAAUAGAUGUACACUUACAAGAUAGUAGAAUUGUACAGGCAUUGGAUAAAAACAGCCGGCCGGCCUGUUGGAGCGUGUGCCCGUAUCCUACGGGUCCUCACACGUGGAACGCGGUGACGUCAGAGCGCCGCCUCCCGACGUUUCAAGAGGGACUUGAUCAAAUUUUUUCAUUUGAAGUAUGUCAUACCCAGCACAGUGUGGAAAUGCAUCAGAAAAUGUAAUGUACAGCCCAACCAGAAAGUGCACACUUUUUUUGUUUAGAUAGAAAACUUGGGACCUCUCUGUAACACACAUUACACUAAACACUAUCAAAUGAGUGGUUGUGUUUGUCACUUCCUCUUGCUCACUUCCUGGUUUUCUGCUUUAAUAUAUUGAUGGGAUGGGAUAGCAUUUCAUUUAACUCUUCCACAUCUACUAAAAUCUGAAAAACACGUUUGUUUGGACUGUCCCAUUUAAUUUAUUCCUUGUUGGUAUCACAAUAUAUGACCAUUCACCCUAGACUUGUAGAUGUUAUUUAUGUGUAUAAUUAGCAUAAAUUAAGCUGCAUUGGUUGCAGUAAGACAUUGGAUUACCAAGUCUUCAAACAACUUUGGUAGUGAUAUUAUAUUCUAUUUUAGGAAUACUAAAACUAAAUGCGCUUGGUGUGGAUCGAAGCGCAAAAGUACAUUUUGUGUAAUGGAUACAUUCCUUUUGUGGCACUUUUAUCUUAAUGCAAUCGUAAACACUGAUUUUUUCUUUUCUGAGGAAGGUUACCAUAGAAAUUUUAUAUUUUCGGGGUGAAAUGAUCAAAAAGUUUAAAAAAAAAAAUUGUCUGCUAUAAAAAGUUAUUUUAACAUAGAACAAUCUGUUUCCUUGUAACCAUCUUUUUCUAGAAUAUUCAAUACAUUUUAAAACACUAUUUUUGGAUACACUAGCUAGCAAACCAAGAUAUUUGAAGCUUUUUACUGUGCUUUGUGCCUCACUGUGAAAGCCCACUACAUUGUAAACCCCGAACCCGAGAAACCAAUAAACUGGAAUAAAUUGUUUAGUAUCUAA